UUAAGUUACAUCCCAAGGACAGGCCUAAUAGUGGACCGGUUCAUUCCUAAACUAGAUCUUCUCAUAAUAGCCAAAAAAAAAGAAUUUCCCAGGGGGAGGCCAGAAAAUGGGUAUAAAAGAAGUCUGGGCGGGGCAGGGCAGUACUCUGUUCCCAAAGGUCGACAAUAUGCUGAAAUUCGCCGCCUUCUUAGUUUCGAUUGCUUUCGCCUCGGCCAGCUUCGUCGGCACACCUUUGGGAUAUGCCCCGUUGUACGGUGCCAACUACGGUUACGCGCCCGUAGCUGUAGCUCACGCACCCCUCGCCACUUCUUACACCAGCAGGUACAGCACUGUAAAUAAACCUGUGGUCGCUGCAGUCGCAACCCCGGUCGUCGCUCACGCACCCCUCGCCACUUCUUAUACCAGCAGCUACAGCACUGUAAACAAACCUGUGGUCGCUGCAGUCGCCGCCCCGGUCGUCGCUCACGCGCCUCUCGCCACUUCUUACACCAGCAGCUACAGCACAGUGAACAAACCCGUGGUCAGCGUAGCACACGCACCUGUCUUCUACGGGGUCACCUACGGUCUUGGAGGAUAUUCCACCCUUGUACGCUAAAACGUCUAAAAUUCACACUUAA